AUAGAGCAGGGUAGGGAACGGUUUUCCCAUCCUGUGGGAAUUUCUGCAGUCUUUGAAGUCUUGCAAUCCUGAAUCACGACAAAAAGUCAAAAUCCAAAAAUUUUCAUGAACCUGGAGGAGAAAAAAUAUUCAGCUGGUGACCCCCUCACACCUGCAGCAUGUGGAUCGUGGAGUCAGGAGGUGGAACUGAACUGCAGCUUUCCAAAUGCUCACCAGUGUCCCUGCUGGCAUCGGCUCGCUGCAGGGCUUGGAGCAGCUGGGAUCCUCAUCCUGCUGGGAGCUGUCAUAGCAAUGGGCAUUUGGGUUUCUCAGCUCAAAGGAUCUCUGAAUUCACUGGAGAACAACAGUACCAGGGAGAGAAUCAUCCAUCAAUCCAACUGCAGCACUGGCCUAAAAGAUUUCCAUUUCCAGUUGAAACAAUUUGUGUGUGAAUCAUCUCACAGCAACUCAGCAGAGGGAUCAGGGUGCAAGCUCUGCCCCCCAAACUGGCUGCUGCGCAGGGACAAGUGCUACUGGGUGUCUAAAGAAAGAAAUCCCUGGGACAAGAGCCGCGAUGACUGUUCAAGGAGGAGCUCUCGGCUGCUGGUGAUCCGGGACCAGGAUGAGAUGACAUUCAUACAAAAUACUUCCAAAGAUGCAAACCAGGUCUGGCUUGGACUCACUGUUACAUCCCCCGCGAGGAAAUGGACUUGGGUGGACGGCUCCCAGUUCAAUCCAACACUGUUCAAGGUAGUGGCUCCUGCUGAAGGGAACAGCUGCGGGAUGAUAAAAGAUGGGAUUAAUUUUGAAACCUGCGGUGCUGCAUCUAAAUGGAUUUGUGAAAAAGACCCUCUCCAGCUAUAGACAGACACAUUAUCUGUAUUUUC